AUGGCUCUCCGAGGGGUAGCGGCGCCCCUAGCGGCCCUACCAGGGGCAUUGGAGACCCCAGGGGCCCACCAAGGGCCGUCGGCGACCCCAGGAGCGUUCCCAGUAGCAGCUGCGACCCAAGGGGCCCUCUCAGGGGCGGCAGCGCCACCAGUGGCCCUCCCAGGGAAAUCGGUAAUCCCACGGGCCGUGCCAGGGGCCAUAAAAUGGGCGGCAGCGACUCUAGGGCCUCUUCCAAGGGCGGCGGCACCCCCCAGAGGUCCUCACGGAAGCGGAAGUGCCUAUAGGGGCCCUCUCCGGGGCGGCGGUGCCGCCAGGAGCAUCCCCAGUGGCAUCGGUGCCCCCAUGGGUACUCCCAGAAGAGGUGUUGCCCCCUGGGGCCCUCUCAGGGACGUAGUCGACAACAGGGGCCUUCCUAGGGGCGUCUGA